UCGGCGAGUGGGAGCCGAGGGAGACGUUUCGCUCCUGCUGCUCGGCUUCGUCUCCAUUUUGGAGGAGAGGAAGGUUGGGCAAAAUGGAAAGUCUUUUAUAUAAGCCGCUGCCUCAAGAAAUGGCGAAGCUGCUUAAUGUUCAGCCAGAAGGCUCAAAGGAGGCAGAGACCUUUGUAAAAGCAUUCCUGAAGCGCAGUAUGCCCCAGAAGAGCGAUGAAGCCAUCCAAGAGCACCUAACUCACAAAGCUGUCGUCCUUGAGCAUUUCCACAAGAGGAGGAAAGUGCAGAAGAAGAAAAGAGGGAAAGGUCUGUCUACCAAGCAAAGGAGAGAGAUGCGGCUCUUUGAGAUUAAACCGGAACAGCAGAGGUAUGAGAUAUUUGUGCCAUUGCAUGAAUUAUGGAAACAAUACAUCAGGGAUCUCUGCAGUGGACUCAAGCCUGAUACACAGCCGCAGAUGGUUCAGACCAAAAUGCUAAAAGCUGAUCUUCAUGGAGCUCUCGUUACAGUCACUAAAUCCAAAUGUCCCUCCUACGUUGGUACUAUGGGCAUCAUCGUGCAGGAAAUGAAACACAUUUUCAAAAUCAUUACAAAAGAAGACAAAUUGAAAGUUAUUCCAAAGCUUAACAAUGUCUUCAGCAUCGAGCUUGAUGGGUUUGUAUCCUAUAUCUAUGGGAGCAGAAUCCAGUUCCGUGCCAGUGAGCGUUCUGCAAAGAAGUUCAAAGGAAGAGGAACCCUUGAUCUGUAGCUUUCCUAGAGAUUCACAAACGAAUACAGUGUUUUCAAGCAAUGAACAGUGUUCACAGCAGCUAGCUGAGAAUUCAUAUGUAGUUAUGCAUUCGCAGCUACAUCUGUGGUGUAAGAUCUUGGCUAUUAUUGGUUAAAUAAAAUUAUUCCAGUCA